AUGGGCAACGAGCGUGAAAGCCUAGCUCGUUUGGCUCGGACUUUGCUAAUUGAGCUGAUGGCAUAUCAAUUCGCAUCACCUGUUCGGUGGAUUGAGACACAAGAUGCAAUCCUUUCGUGCGGAGAUUGUGAACGAAUAAUCGAGAUUGGACCAAGCAACAUUCUCAAAUCAAUGUUUAAACGAACGAUUGACAGCAAAUACCGAACCCAAGACUACGCGUUGCGUGUUCCGAGACAGCUUCUUUCUUCAGAGACUGAUACGAAAAAGAUAUAUUAUGAAGAUGAGAUCCCUACGUCACCAAAGACAAAGCCGGUCACAGCUCCAUCGAGGGAUUCAACGUCACUGCGGGCAUCACCUCUGCCUAAACCACUCGAUCAGAAUCCAAACCUACCACAAAUCCCCGCCUCCGCGAAACAUCAUAUAAACGAGGAAAUAGUCGAUCAAAAUGUCAAGGCAACUGAUCUCAUUGUUGCGAUUGUCUCGAGGGCAUUGAAGAAAAGUUCCCUCGACAUUGACGCAACAAAGUCUGUUAAGGACCUAGCCGGAGGUAGGUCAACGUUAGAAAAUGAAAUUGUUGGGGAUUUGAACAGUGAAUUUGGCACUCUGCCAGAUCGAGUGGAGGAGACGCCUUUACGCAUAGUUUCAGACUCAAUUCAGCAAACCUUUAAUGGCCAAUUGGGCAAAGCUUCCACAUCGAUGAUUAAUACGAUGUUUGGUUCCAAAAUGCCGGGCGGUUUUACGGCGGCCGUCGCCAGAAAACACCUUCAGUUGAACUGGGGGUUCAAAGCGGGCAGGCAAGAUUCCUGUCUGCUCCUUGCUGUGACGAUGCAACCUAAUUCUCGAUUAAUCUCAGAGUCUGAUGCUAAAAUUUUCAUCGAUGAUGUCGCUGAGAAAUAUUGUUUGAACGAAGGACUGGCUACGCAGCCCUUGGGAAAAGUAUUAGAAGGAAGUUCUUCAUUCGCAACUACUAUGGACCCCGAAGCCUUGCGAAAUCUCACGAUGUCCCAGAAAGCACUAUCCAAGAAAUUAUUUGAAGUGUAUGCGGCAGACCUUCACUUAGAUCUUGAUGCUGAUCGGCAGGCUUUGGACAAGCUUCACAAUGAUAUUGAAUUCCGACUUCGGGAAGAACUCAACAUGUGGACUACGGAACACGGUGAAACUUAUGCUAAUGGCAUUCGUCCACUAUUCGACAUCCGAAAAUCAAGACUUUACGACUCAUCUUGGAGCUGGGCACGUCAAGACCUCCUAGACGUCUUCCAUACCGUAUCUAUGCAACUUGGCUCUAAAGACAUCGCAUCUCUUGACCCUGACAUCCUAGCUGAAAAAUGCUUUCACAUUGCAAAUGCGGCAGACGAUUCUCUCCUUCCUAUUAUUGAUGAGCUCGCGAAUAAAUUACAGGGACAUGGACUGCUUAGCGCAACAUUUGAUAAACUUGUAGGGGAUUGUCGAAAGGCUCUUCAAUACGGGCCAACGUUUACAGGCACGCCAAAACAACUAGCUCCCUAUACCGUGAUUGAUGAUGAAGGGAAGCUAUCAUACCACGAACAGGAGCGCAAAGGGUCGACCCGAUUUUCUGACUUGGCAUUCCCUAGAAUUUGUGCAUCCUACGGACUUCAAGGAAACCCCCUUGCAUUGUCAACAGAACCGUUCAUCCAUUUAAAGGAGAAAGCUCAUCACGGAUGGGUGUAUAGCCCGAAAUUGACGGGCUGUCUUCAUGAUGCCCUUUGCCAGGUCGAGAAAGUGGGUGAAAACUUCACAGACCGGACGGUACUGAUCACAGGGGCUGGAAUUGGAUCAAUCGGAGCUGCAAUGGUCUCUUAUUUCUUAACCGGUGGUGCCAAGGUUCUAGUAACGACCUCGUCUUUUUCAACACAAGUGGCAAACAUCUAUCGAGAAAUCUACGUGAAACAUGGAGCUCGCGGGUCGCAACUAAUAGUCAUCCCCUUCAACCAAGCCAGCACCCAGGAUAUUGCCGCACUGGUUGACUACAUUUACGGUCGCGAUGGACUGGGAUGGGACCUUGACUACCUAAUCCCAUUCGCCGCAAUCAGUGAAAGCGGCCGCAAGCUAGACUCAAUCGACUCGAAAUCGGAACUUGCACAUCGCGUCAUGCUAACUAAUGUUCUUCGCCUGCUGGGAGCGGUGAAGGCUUGCAAGGAGAAAAAUAAGUACAUCUCUCAUCCGACGCAGGUAAUUUUGCCCCUAUCGCCUAAUCACGGAACCUUUGGCGGUGAUGGAUUAUAUGGUGAAUCCAAAUUGGCCCUGGAAACGCUUUUUAAUCGUUGGCACUCCGAGGACUGGGGUGAAUUCCUGUGCGUCUGUGGUGCAGUCAUUGGUUGGACUCGGGGAACUGGUCUAAUGAAUCAAAAUGAUCUAAUCGCGGAAGGAAUUGAACGUUCAGGCAUCCGGACGUUUUCGCAGGAUGAGAUGGCCUACGCUCUGGUAUGUCUGUGCGUGAACUCGAUAUACGAAAUUUGCCAAGAGAAGCCAGUUUAUGCAGAUAUGACUGGAGGAAUGAGCAAUAUUGAGGACCUGCCCAGCAUAAUCCAGAAAUUGCGGCAGGAAUUGAAGGAUCGGAGCGAUAUCCAGCAGGCCCUUUUUACGGAGAUCAAGUUUGAGGCUGGUUGCACUACUCAACACUCGAUUUCGAAACCACAGAACAAGAGUAUUCUCCAGCCGCGACCUCACGUACGUCUAGACUUUCCAAGAUCACUUGAUUAUGACAAAGACAUCAGUCCUUUAACUCGGAAUUUACAAGGAAUGGUUGAUCUCCAGCGAGUUGUCGUGGUGACUGGUUUCGCUGAGCUUGGCCCGCAUGGUAACUCGCGUACUAGGUGGGAAAUAGAGGCACAUGGCCAAUUUUCUCUUGAAGGCGCAAUUGAAAUGGCGUGGCUAAUGGGCUUCAUCCACCACCAUGUAGGGACGGUGGAUGGCAAACCAUACUCCGGCUGGGUGGAUAGCAAGAGCAAGCAACCUGUUGCUGAGCUCGACAUUAAAAAUCGUUACGAGGAUCAAAUUCUUGCCCAUUCGGGAAUUCGAUUUGUCGAGCCAGAACUUUUUGACGGUUAUGAUCCCAACAAAAAGCAGUUUCUACAUGAGAUCAUACUAGAGCAGGACCUUGGACCAAUUGAAGUACCAGAGCCGCUCGCACAGGAGAUGCAACGAGAACACGGUGCAUACGCCAAUAUUAAGAAGAUAUCGGGCUCCGAUCACUGCCAUGUUCGACUAAUGAAAGGCGCAAAACUAUUUGUUCCUCGUGCGAUUCAAUUUAACCGGACAGUUGCUGGCCAGAUACCCACAGGCUGGGAUGCUAGAACUUAUGGGAUCUCUGAGGAUAUCAUUUCCCAAGUUGAUAGGGUUACGCUUUUCACACUUGUCUGUGCUGCUGAAGCACUUCUUUCGUCCGGUAUCACCGAUCCCUAUGAGCUCUAUCAGUAUAUCCAUAUCUCCGAAGUUGGGAACUGUAUUGGCUCAGGGUUCGGAGGCAACGAUUCCCUAUCUAAAAUGUUCAGAUGGCGAUAUAUGGGGCAGGAUAUACAAAAAGACAUAUUGCAGGAGACGUUCAUCAACACUAUCAGUGCUUGGGUAAAUAUGUUAUUAUUGUCUGCCAAUGGCCCAAUUCGGACACCAGUGGGAGCAUGUGCUACUUCCAUUGAAGCCUUGGAAUUGGGUUAUGACACUCUUGUGACUGGAAAAGCUAAGUUUUGCCUGGUUGGUGGUUGCGAUGACUUUGGUGAAGAAAGUUCGUACGAAUUUGCGAACAUGGGCGCAACUAGCAACUCUCUUGAUGAAGCUGCACGAGGCCGAAGCCCUAGCGAAAUGUCACGGCCGGCAACUAGCACUCGAAACGGAUUCAUGGAGUCACAAGGUUGUGGAUUGCAAGUACUAACAACAGCUGAGCUAGCCUUGAAAAUGGGACUUCCGAUACGUGGAAUUGUUGCUUUUGUGAACACCUCAAGCGACAAGGCUGGCCGAUCUAUCCCUGCGCCAGGGCAGGGCGUUUUGACAAAUGCCCGCCAAAUCGCUUCAAGAUUACCUUCACCUCUCCUAAAUAUUGAAAACCGCAGAAAAAGACUAAAUUUCCGGAUAAAACAAGUCCGAGAAGCCCGAGAUAUUGCCUUAGAAGACUUGAAUCUAGAGGUUGCCACGCUCCUUUCGGAAGAUCCAAAAAUGGACGCAGAUACUUACACCAAAGAGCGCCAUCAACAAAUACUAGAAGACUUUUCUAGAGACGAACAAGAAGCCCGUUUCGCACUCGGAAAUCACUUUUGGCGAAAUGAGCCCUAUAUCGCGCCCAUUUGCGGUGCUUUAGCUACCUGGGGCCUAACCAUAGAUGACCUUGACGUGGCUUCCUUUCAUGGCACAUCGACAGUGUUAAAUGAUAAAAAUGAGUCCAGUGUGAUUCAGCAGCAACUUGCAUCCCUAGGCCGUUCCGAAGGGAAACCAAUUUUUAGCGUUUUCCAAAAAUAUCUAACAGGCCAUUCUAAAGGGGCAGCUGGAGCGUGGAUGCUCAAUGGUGCUCUCCAGAUGCUUAAUUCAGGCACGAUUCCCGGCAAUCGAAACGCUGAUAAUAUCGAUUCAAACCUCCAACAAUUUCACCACAUCGCGUAUAUUAACCGCAGCGUGCAAACUCAAGGUCUUAAGGCGGUCUCGGUCACAUCUUUUGGGUUUGGGCAAAAAGGAGCCCAGGCAAUUUGUGUGCACCCCAGGUAUCUCUUCGCAACCCUCGAGCGUCCCGAAUAUGAAGCGUAUCAGGCUAGGAGAAUCAAUCGGCAGAAGAAGGCUGAUGCAUAUUUCUACAAUGGGAUGAACUCGAAUUCGCUUUUCAGAGCGAAAACUAGCCCCCCAUACAUGGCUUCUCGCGAGGCGGAAGUCUAUCUCAAUCCAGCAGCGCGACUUGCAGCAGUUGAUGGCAAGAUGUGA